AUGGAGCUGAGCCUGGAGAGCCUGGGGGGCCUGCACGGCGUGGCCCACGCGCAGGCGGGCGAGCUGCUGAGCCCGAGCCACGCGCGCUCGGCAGCGGCGCAGCACCGCGGCCUGGUGGCGCCCGGGCGCCCCGGCCUCGUGGCCGGCAUGGCGAGCCUGCUGGACGGCGGUAGCGGAGGCGGCGGGGGCGCUGGGGGCGCAGGCGGCUCGAGCGGCGCGGGUGGAGGUGCCGACUUCCGUGGGGAGCUGGCGGGUCCUCUGCACCCAGCCAUGGGCAUGGCCUGCGAGGCGCCGGGCCUGGGCAGCACCUACACGACGCUCACGCCCCUGCAGCACCUGCCCCCGCUCGCGGCCGUGGCUGACAAGUUCCACCAGCACGCGGCGGCCGCGGCAGUAGCCGGAGCGCACGGCGGCCACCCCCACGCGCACCCGCACCCUGCGGCCGCGCCGCCCCCGCCGCCCCCGCCGCAGCGCCUGGCGGCCAGCGUGAGCGGCAGCUUCACCCUUAUGCGCGACGAGCGCGCGGCGCUCGCAUCCGUGGGCCACCUCUACGGGCCCUACGGCAAGGAGCUGCCCGCCAUGGGGUCGCCGCUGUCACCGCUGCCCAACGCGCUGCCGCCUGCUCUGCACGGCGCCCCGCAGCCGCCGCCGCCGCCGCCACCGCCGCCUCUGGCCGCCUAUGGAGCGCCGGGCCACCUGGCUGGGGACAAGCUGCUGCCGCCCGCCGCCUUCGAGCCUCACGCCGCGCUGCUGGGCCGCGCGGAGGACGCGCUGGCCCGCGGGCUGCCCGGAGGCGGCGGCGGCGGCGGCAGCAGCGCGGGCGGCGGGAGCACAGCUGGGCUGCUGGCGCCGCUGGGCGGGCUGGCGGCGGCCGGGGCGCACGGGCCGCACGCGGGCAGCGGCGGCCCGGGCGCUGGAGGAGGCGGCCCCGGGGCAGGCGCAGCAGCCGAGGAGAUCAACACCAAGGAGGUGGCGCAGCGCAUCACGGCGGAGCUGAAGCGCUACAGCAUCCCGCAGGCCAUCUUCGCGCAGCGAAUCUUGUGCCGCUCGCAGGGCACGCUCUCCGAUCUGCUGCGCAACCCCAAGCCCUGGAGCAAGCUCAAGUCCGGCCGCGAGACCUUUCGCAGGAUGUGGAAGUGGCUGCAGGAGCCCGAGUUCCAGCGCAUGUCGGCGCUGCGCCUCGCAGCCUGCAAGCGGAAGGAGCAGGAGCAGCAGAAGGAGCGCGCGCUGCAGCCCAAGAAGCAGCGCCUGGUGUUCACCGACCUGCAGCGGCGCACGCUGAUCGCCAUCUUCAAGGAGAACAAGCGGCCGUCGAAGGAAAUGCAGGUCACCAUCUCGCAGCAGCUCGGCCUGGAGCUCAACACCGUCAGCAAUUUCUUCAUGAACGCACGGCGCCGCUGCAUGAACCGCUGGGCCGAGGAGCCCGGCGCGGCCCCCGGGGGCCCCGCGGGCGCCUCUGCCACCUUCUCCAAGGCCUGA